GAAAGGGAGACUGGAGCUGAUUGAAGGUGAGAAGGAGCCAGAGGGGGAAGGAAUGAUGGGAUAUCCCCUUAUGGACCUUUUCUUCCUGAUGCUGUCUGGGGUGCUCUCAGGAGGGACUAAUCUGAUGGUGAAGCAGGAGCCUCAAGUCCUGGAGGUAGCCCCGGGUGACAAAGUGAACAUGACAUGCAAUGUUACCUGGGCUGAAGGGAAGCAAUUCCGAGCAGAGUGGAAGAAGGAUGGCAAGGAACUUCACCGGUCCACACCCAUCAGUCGGAACUCCCGCCAGGUUACCUGGGGGUCCAGAGCCAAUUUGAUCUGGAUCCCAGAAAAUACCAUCAUCCUGAGUCUGGAUGAUGUGAAUGCUAAUGACAGUGGGCACUAUGUGUGCCAUGUGACAAUGGAAAUCCCAGUAUUUAAGACAGCUGAAGGCAAUGGGACACAGCUGAUAGUCUCAGAUUCCUUCAAAAGCAGCUGGAACAAACUCUUCCCAGAGAACCACUUUUAUGGCAAUGUUCUCUCCUACCACCAGAAGGCUGGGCCUACCACGCCAGUCAAGGGCAAGAGUCUGGCAUGCGCACCAGAGAGGAAGAGAGAAGAGAGCAUCUACUCUACUAGUUUCCCCAAGCCCCCACCCUAGAGGGCCCAGCCCCCUAGUACCCUCCCAGACCCACUGCAGCCUGCAUCCUGGUAGUUCUCAGCCAAUAAAAAGAGCUU